AUGAAUCCACCCGCCGGCCCCUCGUCGCGUCCUCGUCGAAAGGCGAUAGAGAAAGCUCUCAAAAAGGUUCACAAUAUCUACCGUCGCGGAACUAAAACAUCGAGAGCCAUAUCCACCAAGCGGGCAAAGAAAACACGAAAGCGCGCACAAGAUCGCACGCCGUCUCGAUCCCUUUCUCACGUUGACAAUGAUGACAGUUCUGUGCAGUACAUACUAACACCGAAUCACAAGCAUAUGCUCUACUACUCUGGUAUGAUUCAGAAAGAUAAUGUCAUCCAUGUCGACGAAAUAGAUCUAGAGACUUUGGUCAACGCUCGUGGAAUCACAAGAAAGAACAUCCCUUAUGAUAUAUUCCGCUCGACCUUUCUAGGCCCCUUCAAACACAAAGACGAACGACCGCGACUCAAAAUCAAAGCCAUUAAGAAUGUUGGUAUCGGUGAUUGGGAACAGACUUCGUUCUUUCAGCGGUUGCAAAAAGCACUUCCAAAAAAGGCUCUUAAUGACCUCAUUUUAUCCAGCCCUUUCUCGAAGACGUUAUCCGGAACUAAACAGGGCAAGAAGCCGCAUUCGCAACCAGAUUUCUUUUUCCAUCUCGGAACGAAUACAGAUUGGGCUCAUGUGGAACUUAUUUUCAAGCAUACGCGAAGCUCCUUGCAAAAGGCCCCUGAAAAAUUCCUGCAGUGGUUGCGAAGUGCCUGGAACAUAUUCUAUCAUCAGCCCUUUCGUCGCCACAUUUACGGAAUUCUUUUCUUACAGCCGUACGCCUUAAUCACCUAUGUUGAUCAUGGCUGUGCCGGGUACUCUGAGCCACUUGAUUUUGUGAAAAAUCCUCAACACACUCAGUUCCUCACGGAUUUUCUGGCGGAUUUUAUCGCAGAACCCGAACACCGUGGACGAGAUCCCCAUGUUACGGCUCAUGGAAAAGACGGCUCGAUAUUCAUCGAGCAUGCGGGAAUAAAGUGGGCUGAGGUAUUCGAUGGAUUAUUAUGCUACCGCCCCCGUGUGUUUAAGAGGAAUCUCAGGGUUUCGCGAGUACAUCCUAUCGACUUCCCGGAAGAUAAAUGGGUUAUGAAGAAUACCUGGGAAGAGAUACUCGAAAACCCAUCGCCGCCAGCUGAAGAGGAGGUUCUUCGAAUUCUUGUCGAAGCAAACGUAAGAGGCCUUCCACAGCUUCACGAGUCUUGUCGUUCAACUAUAAAACACAUUCACAAUAUAGAGCCGUUAAGUGAUAACGUGAAGACGUCAAGUGACAAAACGAAGAUAUCAAGCGACAAUAUAAAAGUAUCCAGCGACAACAUGGAGGUAUUAACAAGCAAGUUCCCUCCGAAUUGUGAAAACGCACUCGCAGCAAUAACUAAUCGAAUUAUGAUGGUGGUCGAAUCCGGCUUCGUAUCUAAACGAACUUCAAAAUCCAAUCUCUCCGGCGUAUCUUCAGGCAUUACCGAUAAGGAAUUCGUUUUCCCGGACAGAGAGCGUAAGAAGUUUUCUAAUGAAUGCAUCGACGUCCGCAGACGACGUGCGCGUCUUAUCAUCUCAUAUUGUCAACCCUUGAAAGAGGCGAUGCGCAAUGCCCAACCAAAAGAACUCAUGCGAACAAUCCGCGACGCCAUGAUCGUUUAUUACGAGGCCUACAAACGUCCUGAGCCUGGUUUUCUUCAUGGCGAUAUUUCAAUUGAGAACAUCAUGGUUCCGGUGGAAGAGACUCAGCUUACUGGCGGCCUUACCCACGAGACACUGCGCGGUACUCUCAUUGACUGGAAUCUAUGCUUCACCGCCGACGGGAGAGCAUCCAGCAGAAGCAUUCGAAGUGGGACUCCUGCAUUCAUGGCGCCGAGUCUUCUUCGGGACAAGCCAGUUACUCGAAGAACUCUGGGGCAUGAUAUGGAGUCGUUCUUUGCCGUUAUGCUUUGGGUUGCAUCACUCAACUAUGACGAUGAGAUCGCCUUUCAAGAUAAGCCUCUGGUGAACGUGGUUAUUGAAAAAAAGCCGACCACAGAUAUUGCAAACGCUAAAUUGCUUUGGUUUCAGGUUGCAGCGGAGUUCGAGGAGUCGAUAAUUAAUCACUUUGAACAGCCAUAUCGCGAAGAUGACGACUUUGUCGAAUGCACAUGGGACCUUCGGCACGUCUUAUACAAAGGGGAUUACGACGAAGAUGAUUUCAGGCGUGGUAGAAAGGGGCGAAGGGAUCUCGAGGAUACGAAUGACGAUGAUCCAAUGAAGGAGCGCUUGUUCAAAGAAUGCAUGACGGUUUUCGAUAUGCACCUCGGCGACGAAGGGAACCAAAGUGGCAGUUACCAGUUGGACAAGAUCGAUACUAGGGGAGACUUAGAAGAAUCGGAAGACGAGAUUUAA